AUGGGCGUCUUCUCACGUUCGAAGAACACGAGCCCGCCAUCGAACGGAGCCAAAGAUGAAAGUCCCUCCAACUACCGCAAACCUCGACCGACAGGUCUCCGGAUCUUCACCAGCCUCGCCUACCUCCUUUCCACGGUGUUCCUGAUCCUGGUGGAGAUAGGCAACAUCAACAACAACGCGGUGAUCCGGUCGACGUACUUUCUGCGCAUCAGUCUCGCCGACAUCAUCCCGGCGUCGUGGCCGAACGCCAUCUUCAUCAACAGCAUCGCGCAGUCGAUCGGCCUGCACGACUUCUACCAGGUCGGCCUGUGGAACUUCUGCGAGGGCUACGACGGCGAGGGCAUCACGUACUGCAGCCCGACCGAGACGCUGUACUGGUUCAACCCGGUCGAGAUCAUCCUGGACGAGCUCCUGGCCGGGGCGAGCAUCACCCUCCCCACCGAGGUCGUCGACGUGCUGAAUCUGGUCAAGCUGGCCAGCCGGUGGAUGUUCGUCUGCUUCCUGAUCGGGACCGUCGUGAGCUUCCUGUGCGUCUUCGUCGCCCCGCUGGGCUUCAGCAACAGGCGGCCCAGGUGGCAGCACAAGGCCCGGCGGAUCUUCCUGCGCCAGCUGCCCGUCACCGUCCUGACCUUUGCCGCCUUGUUGUUCACCGCCGCCGGGUCCGUCAUCGCGACCGUCAUGUUCGCCAUCUUCCAGGACAAGUUCUCCGGCGCGGAGGACCUCAACAUCCACGCACACAUGGGCAAGCCCAUGCUGGCUUUCAUGUGGGUCGCCACCGGUUUCAACCUGGUCGGCUUCCUGAUGCAGAUUGGCACCUGUUGCGGCGUGUGCUGCUGCACAGGUCGGCGGAGGGCGGAAAGAAAGAGUCGCCGCGCCGGCGCCGGUGUCGCAAGUCCCGUGACAGAAAAGGACCGUGAAGACUCCCCGCGAGAACCAGGGAAAUUCGGAUUCCGGAGGAGAGCGAGAUGA